CGGGUUUCACACUUACGGAAAAACAUUCUACAAUCAUUCUAUAUCCUCAAUGUCUCAGUUUCUGAUGGAGUGUUUAGAAGUGCAGCUCAAGUCCACAUUGCUGUAAUGAGCUCCAAUUUGCAUAGUCCUACAUUUGGACAGAGUCAGUAUGAAGUAGAACUUUCAGAAAAUUCUCCAGUGCAUACCCUUGUGACUGAACUCAAAGCUGUUGAUGAAGACAUGGGAGUCUUUGGUCAAGUUACUUACCACAUUCUGAAUGAGUAUGCAAAGGACAAUUUCUACUUUAACGAGAAAGGACAGUUGUUUACAGCAGAAAAGCUUGACCGAGAAAGUCCAACUAACAAAGUCAUCCCUGUAAGUGUAAUGGCCAAGGAUGCUGGUGGAAAAGUGGGAUUCUGCUCUGUCAGUAUCAUUCUAACAGAUUAUAAUGAUAAUGAUCCAAAGUUCCGUGCAUCAGAGUACAAGCUAAGCAUUGCAUCUGAUGCACCUCGAGGUUCUACUGUUGUUAGAGUCUUGGCUUCUGAUAGUGAUGAGGGGGCAAAUGCUGAUAUAUCAUAUAGCAUUCUGGCAAAGUCUGAAAGUGUGGCAGAAAAUUUUGAAAUCAGUCCACAUUCUGGAAUCAUUACCACCAAGGAAAGCCUAGUUGGAUUAGAAGAUGAAAUAUUUUCCUUUUUUGUUAAAGCAACAGAUGGUGGCUCACCACAUAGAGAGAGCAUUGUGCCAGUCACUAUCCAAAUCCUCCCACCUGAAGUGCAAAUGCCAAAGUUUUCUGAGCCUUUUUAUACUUUAAUUAUCUCUGAAGACACUCCUGUUGGUACAGAGCUGGAUGUUAUUAGAGCAGAUAGUAGCCAACCCAUAAUAUAUAAUCUCAUGAAAGGAAAUACACUUGAGAGUAAUAUUGAUGACAUUUUCGUUAUCGACAAACAAAAUGGCCGGCUAAAACUUGAGAAGAUGUUGGAUCAUGAAACAACUAAAUGGUAUCAGUUUUCAGUGUUAGCUCAAAGCAUUCAUGGAGAACACGAAGUAAUUACCUCUGUGGAUGUUAGUAUCCAAGUUAAAGAUGUGAAUGAUAAUAAGCCUGUAUUUGAAGCCAAUCCAUAUGAGGCUUUCAUUGUGGAGAAUCUUGCUGCAGGGGCUAAGGUUAUCCAGGUUAAAGCUGUUGAUGCGGAUACCGGACUCAAUGGGCAUGUUUCAUAUAUGCUGGCAUUAUCACAGGAACCACAAGAAAUUAAAGAUCUUUUCUCAGUAGACUUGGAAACUGGAUGGGUCACCACUCUUUCUGAGCUUGACCAUGAAAAAAGAAACAAAUACAACAUUGUAGUGAUUGCGUAUGACCAUGGUGAUAAAGUUCUGUCAUCAUCCACUAUAAUUGAGGUUACAGUGAUGGACAUGAAUGAUAAUCCUCCACGCUUCAAUGCAGAAAUAUACAAAGGUACAGUGAGUGAGGAUGACCCUCUAGGUGGUGUCAUUGCCAUUCUGAGCACCACUGAUGAUGAUACUGAAGACAUCAACAAAGAAACUACAAUGUACAUUACAGGAGGGGACCCUCUGGGCCAGUUUGCAAUUGAAAACAUGCACAAUGAAUGGAAAGUGUAUGUUAAAAAAGCACUUGACAGGGAAGUAAAAGACAACUACCUCCUAAACAUAACUGCCACUGAUGGAACAUUUUCAAGUAAGGCUGUAGUGGAAGUAAAGGUUCUUGAUGCCAACGACAACAUCCCAGUCUGUGAAAAGGAUGACUAUUCUGAGACCAUUUCAGAAGAUGCCCCUUCCGGGAAAGUAAUUCUACAAGUCUCAGCCACUGAUGCCGACAUACGUUCCAAUGCUGAGAUCAUUUACACACUGCAUGGACUUGGCUCAGAGAAAUUUCACCUCAAUCCAUUUACAGGUGAACUGAAAACAUCAUUACCACUUGACCGUGAGAUCCAGGAAGUCUACCAUCUCUUGGUGAAAGCUACAGAUGGAGGCGGCAACUUCUGUGAAGCCAGUGUGGAGCUGACAUUAGAAGAUGUGAAUGACAAUGCCCCAGAGUUCUCUGCAGAUCCUUACAGCGUGACUGUGUUUGAGAACACUGAACCCAAAACUCCAAUCACAAGGGUGCAGGCCAUAGAUGCAGACACAGGACUCAACCAUAAGGUGCAGUAUUCUUUAGUCAGCUCAGCAGAUGGUCAAUUCUCCAUUGAUGAAUCAUCUGGAAUAAUUACUUUGGAGAAACCUCUGGAUCGGGAGAUGCAGGCAGUGUAUACGCUUACCGUCAAAGCCAGUGAUCAUGGAUUACCUCGAAAGCUGUCCUCAGUUACCAGUGUGUUAAUAUCAGUCUUGGACAUUAAUGAUAAUCCACCAGUCUUUGAACACAGAGAGUAUGGGGCUACUUUGUCAGAAUACGUAACAGUUGGAACAGAAGUUCUCCAGGUGUAUGCUACAAGCAGGGAUAUUGAAGCUAAUGCAGAAGUUUCAUAUCAGAUUAUCAGUGGCAAUGAGCAAGGAAAAUUCAGCAUUAACCCAGUUACAGGAGUUCUUUUUAUAAUUGAAAGUCUGGACCAUGAAAGCGCAGCAGAAUAUUAUUUAACAGUAGAAGCCACAGAUGGCGGCACUCCACCUCUGAGUGAUGUUGCAACAGUCUCCAUCAAUGUAACAGAUGUCAAUGAUAACUCACCAGUUUUCAGUCAAAGCACUUACAAUGCUGUGGUCGGUGAAGACGCUGUGUCUGGACAACCUGUCUUAAUGGUUGUUGCAGAUGAUGCUGAUGGACCUUUGAACAGUCACAUCCACUACUCAAUUACAGAUGGCAAUCUGGGGAAUACCUUUAUCAUUGAUCCUGUACGAGGGGAAGUUAAAGUGAAUAAACUUUUAGACAGAGAGAAGAUAUCUGGUUAUACCUUGACAGUCCAAGCAGAGGAUAACGGGAAUCCACCGAGAAGGAACACAACAACAGUUAACAUUGAUGUGUCAGAUGUCAAUGACAACCCUCCUUUAUUUGCUAAAGGAAAUUACAGCGUUAUAAUCCAGGAAAAUAAGGCGAUUGGCUUCAGUGUCCUGCACUUGGCAGUGACAGACAAAGAUUCUUCUCACAACGGUCCUCCUUUUACGUUUACAAUUUUAAGUGGAAACGAAGAUAAUACUCUUCAGAUCAACCAGCAAGGAGUGAUAACGACGGCAGCCACACUUAACCGAAAAUCCACUGAUCACUUUCUGCUUCAAGUUCAGGUGGCAGAUAAUGGGAAGCCACAGCUGUCAUCGGUGACAAACAUUGACAUACGAGUGAUUGAAGAGAGCAUCUACCCUCCAGCCAUUUUACCACUUGAAAUAUACAUCACAACAUUCGGAGAGGAGUACUCUGGGGGUGUGAUUGGAAAGAUUCAUGCCACGGACCAGGAUGUUUAUGAUACACUCAUGUACAGCCUGGAUUCCAAAGUGGAAAAUAUGUUUUCCGUUUCAAGCGCAGGGGGGAAACUGAUAGCACACAGGCGAUUGGAUGUUGGCCAAUAUCUGUUAAACGUCAGUGUUAACGAUGGAAUGUUUACAACCUCAGCAGAUAUUACUGUUCAUAUCAAACAGAUAACCCAGGAGAUGCUAAAUCACAGUAUAACCUUCCGCUUUUCCAACCUUUCUCCGGAGGAAUUUAUUGGAGAUUACUGGCGCAAUUUUCAGAGAACGUUAAAAAAUAUUUUGGGAGGGCGCAAGAUUGAUGUCCAGAUUCUUAGCCUGCAACCCUCUGACCCACCUGCUAGCCUGGACGUCCUCCUGGCUGUAGAUAAACCAGGCAGUACACGCUUUGUUCCAAAACUCCUUAUCCAAAAGAUAAAUGCUUCUGUAGCUGAGAUCGAAGACUUCAGUGGGGUUAAAAUCCUUGAGGUCUUCCAUAAACUCUGUGCUGAUGUGGAUUGUCCCCUCAGGUUUUGUGAUGAGAAGAUCUCUGUAGAUGAGAAUGUCAUGUCAACGCACAGCACAGCAAGGCUUAGCUUUGUGACUCCAAGACACCUGCGGAAAUCUGUCUGCUUGUGCAAAGGAGGGAAAUGUCCCAUUAUGAACAGUGUUUGCGAAGGAAACCCAUGCCCAGAGGGUAUGGAAUGUGUUGUAGAUGCAAAUGAAGAGAAGUACAACUGUGUCUGCUCAGAUGAUCGACAAUGCAAUGUUGGUUCAUCUGUAACAUUCAGUGGGAACAGCUACAUCAAAUACCGGUUGUUGGAAAAUGAAAACAAGGAAGAAAUGAAGCUGACGAUGAAGCUAAGGACAUACUCUGCACACGCUGUGGUCAUGUAUGCCAGAGGAACAGACUACAGCAUUCUUGAGAUCCAAGGAGGAAAAUUGCAAUACAAGUUUGAUUGUGGCAGUGGUCCCGGGAUUGUGUCUGUCCAGAGUAUUCAUAUCAAUGAUGGCCAGUGGCACACAGUGACAUUAGAGGUGGAUGGUAACUAUGCCAGAUUGGUCUUAGAUCGUGUCCAUACUGCAUCUGGUACUGCCCCCGGAACUCUGAGAACACUGAACCUGGACAAUUAUGUAUACUUUGGAGGUCACAUGCGCCAACAAGGGAGCAAAACAUGGAAGAGGUGGCCAAGUGAGCAAUGGAUUUAGAGGAUGCAUAGACUCUGUGUUUCUCAAUGGUCAGGAUCUCCCCCUUCAUAGUAAAUUAAAGAACUCUGCACUAAUAGAAGAGUCUGUGGACGUUUCUCAAGGAUGCUCUCUAACUGCCGCCGAUGCCUGUGCAGGCAACCCUUGCCACAAUGGUGGGGUGUGCUCCCCCCUAUCUAAUGGAGGUUACUACUGUAAAUGUACAUCAUCGUAUGUGGGCACACAUUGUGAAAUAAGUGUCAAUCCCUGCGCCACCAACCCUUGCCUGUAUGGUGGUACCUGCAUUGCAGUGAAGGAUGACUUCAUUUGCCACUGUAGAGGAGAGUACACUGGCCAGAGAUGUCAAUUAGGACCAUACUGUAAAGACAAUCCCUGUAAGAACAGCGGGAAAUGCAUUGACAGCUUGGAUGGCCCUGUGUGCGAAUGUGAACCUGGUUUCCAUGGAGAAAGAUGCCUGAAUGAUGUUGAUGAAUGCACAGAUAGCCCAUGCCCCAACGGUGCUCUAUGUGAAAACACCUAUGGCUCUUACACUUGUAACUGCAGCAAUGGUUAUGGUGGGAAACAUUGCACAGAAAUUGCCCUCAAUAAGUAUGUUUCAACCUCCUGGAACAUUGGCCUAGCAGAGGUCAUUGGGAUCAUCGUCUUCAUAGCAGGCAUCUUCUGUCUGGUUGUAAUUUUUGUUGUUUGCCGAGUGGUUUCAAGUAAGAAGAAGAAGAGACAGCAGGAAUCAGAGGACAAACACACUGGGGCAUCUUCUGCAUUUUUACAAAGGCCGUUCUUGGAUCCUAAAGUAAACAAAAAUAUCUAUUCUGAUAUCCCUCCCCAGGUGCCUGUCCGCCCUAUAUCCUACACUCCAAGCAUUCCAAGUGACUCCAGAAAUAACUUGGACCGAAACUCCUUUGAAGGAUCCACCAUUCCAGAACAUCCUGAGUUUAGCACUUUCAAUCCAGACUCUGUGCAUGGACACAGGAAAACUGUAGCAGUCUGUAGCGUUGCUCCAAACUUGCCACCUCCACCUCCAUCUAACUCCCCCUCCGAUAGUGACUCAAUCCAAAAGCCGAGUUGGGAUUUUGACUAUGAUGCUAAGGUUGAUCUUGACCCAUGUCUUUCAAAGAAGUCUCUGGAUGAAAAGCCUUGUCAUCUUUACAAUCCACGCGAAAGCAUGUCUGAAAUUCAGUCUCUUAGUUCCUUCCAAUCAGAGUCUUGUGAUGAUAAUGGCUACCACUGGGAUACUUCAGACUGGAUGCCUAGUGUCCAACUGCCGGAUAUUCAGGAAUACCCUCAUUACGAAGUUGUUGAAGAACCUGCUCCUCAUUACACGGACCCUAAUGUUAUUGACACAGAUUAUUAUCCUGGAGGCUAUGACAUAGAGAAUGACUUUCCACCUCCACCGGAAGACUUUCCUUUGCCGGAUGAACUUCCUCCACUGCCUCCUGAGUAUAGUGAACAGGCAGAUUCCAUGCAGCCGCUCAGAGAAAUGUCUACUGUAGGAAGCUUGGGCUCCUCAACAAAAAGUAAUCAGAGAUUCAACCUGAAUAAGUACCUUCCACAUCACCAAUAUCCAGCGAGUAUGUCAGAACCUCAAAACACCACCAGUGGAGAUAGCAAUAGUUACAGAGAGCCUUAUGCUACGUCCUACAUAAUAGGGUACAAGAGAGACUUCCAAGUCCCCAUGGUGGACAACAUGUCCAUGUCUGGAUACACCUCUGCAGCUUCAUGCACUGACGUAUCUGCGUGCUGUGAAAUGGAAUCAGAGGCCAUGAUUAGUGACUAUGAGAGCGGCGAUGAUGGCCACUUCGAAGACGUGACAAUUCCUUCCCUGGAUUCCCAGCAUCACACCGAAGUUUAA